GAUGCUCGAAUGCAAAAGGGAUGAUAUCACAGACAUUGGGUUCAUUGACCCGCACACAAUGCAUGUUAAAACCAUAGAAGAUCCCCUCUAUAACAAGGAUACACCGCAGACUUUGCUAAGGUUUUUGAAGCGACAACGUGACAAAAAGCUAAUAAUUUGGCCUUACAACUUCGAGUUUCACUUUAUUCUUCUCGUCAUCAAUAUGGAAAUUGGAGAAGUUGAAGUCUUUGACUCACUAAGCAAAAAAUCGGAACUAUACUUGUCUUGUUAUUUAAUGCUCAAAAGCGUAUGGGAAACUUUCAUCAAGGAAGAUAAGUCCCAUGAAUGGCCACCGAAGCUGCGAUGGAAGGCGAAAAAAUGCCCGCAACAACCAGAAGGGACUGAUCUCUGUGGAUUCUUCGUUUGCGAGUACAUCCGCAGAAUUGUCAGCGAGAGAACGAAUAAUGAAAGAAAUAAAGAGUUGGCAAGAAAGCGGAACAAGCUCUCAAUCGAUGACCGCUUCAUAGCAAUAGGCGAGGAAUUGGCGGGAUUUUUCCUUCGGGACGUCAUACCACCAUUCGCAGAGUACCACUAUGAAUGAAGAUGUACAUGUUACAUAUAUAGUUGACUCGAAGAGUACCACUAUGCUACAUGUAAUAGACAUAUAUAGAGUACGCCUCGGAGA